ACGAAGUUGAGAGAAGGAGACAGGAGGAUAAAACUCGUCACAAGGCCUUACCGCACGUAGUCACCAUGGCCCCGCCGCCCACGAAGUCCGAUCAACAGGUCGCCUCCGAGUUCACAGCGUACUACCUCCAGCGCGCCACCAAAGAGUUUGCGGAGGACCUCGACAAGGUCCGCGCCGCCGACGACUUCAAGAACGAUGCCCUCCAGACGCUCAUCAGCGCGCUGCAACAGGGAACGGCCAUGUUUUCUGCUGAGGAGAAGCGGAUGAUUGUAACGGCGGCUGCUCAACCGGCUCGCAAGUCUUGAGCUCUCACUCGGGCGUGCUUCGGAGAAGGACACCGUGCGACUCAGCCGUUGCCUCAGAUGCAAGCCAUCAUCCGGCCCCGGAGAUUCACUCCGUGCGUGAACGGGCACAUUUCAGCCGCAUCCAUUUGCUCGGGGUGAGCCGGGCGCAGAGAACAAGGCGUGGGAAGGAAGCGGGCGGUUGUGGCUGCAAACCGGGUUUGCGGACUGUUGUGUGCAAAGCCUCGCCGACGAAGGCGGUGCUCGACACUGCAAUCCAUCACAGCUCACCAAGGAUCAUCAAACGCACUGGACGGGGCUCAGGCGUGCUCAUCGGCCGAAGCCGUGAAACCAGCACCGCCACGACACCGCCGCAAGAUCGAAAUACUUUGUUUUGUUUUUGCGAGGUCACGCGGCGUGCUUGACUUCUUGGGGCCGGAUUUGGGAUGACAUUUCGCAACAAUCGCGUAAGCGACAACUUGGCCGAGUGGUUAAGGCGACAGACUUGAAUUUCCACAAUUCAUGAGAUCUGUUGGGUUCGCCCUCAC